AUGCCGGGCGAGGUUCGUGCUCUCUCUACUACCAACGAUGUCAAUCGCAUCGAGGCUCCAGUGACCUGGAAAGCCUAUCUCAUCUGUGCCUUUGCGUCCUUUGGUGGUAUCUUCUUUGGUUAUGACUCCGGUUACAUCAAUGGUGUCAAUGGCGUCGAGCUGUUCAUCCAUAUCAUUGAAGGCCCCGAUGCCACAGCUCUCUCGUCGCCCCACCAGUCUCUGAUCGUCUCCAUCCUGUCUUGCGGAACCUUCUUCGGCGCCCUCAUUGCCGGUGAUGUCGCCGAUAUCAUUGGUCGUAAAUGGACUGUCAUCGCAGGCUGCCUCAUCUAUAUUCUCGGUGUCAUCAUUCAAAUGAUCACUGGGCCCGGUCACGGUCUCGGUGUCAUUGUCGCGGGUCGUCUGAUUGCUGGUUUCGGUGUCGGGUUCGAAAGCGCCACUGUGAUUCUGUAUAUGAGUGAAAUCUGUCCUCGAAAGGUUCGCGGUGCCCUCGUGGCUGGGUAUCAAUUCUGCAUCACGAUCGGUCUCCUUUUGGCCUCCUGCGUCGACUAUGCCACGGAACACCGAUCAGACACUGGCUCCUAUCGGAUUCCCAUUGCAAUUCAGUUUGCUUGGGGUCUGAUCCUCGGCGGUGGUUUGGUGUUCCUGCCUGACUCGCCUCGAUACUUUGUCAAGAGAGGCCGCAUUGAGAAGGCUAUGCAGGCACUCUCUCGCCUCCGCGGUCAGCCUACUGAUUCCGAGUACAUCCAAGUGGAAAUUGCCGAAAUCAUCGCCAACGACGAGUACGAGCGUGAGAUGAUUCCGUCGUCUGGUUGGUUCUCCAGCUGGUACAACUGCUUCAAAGGAGGCUUGUGGCAUCAAAAAUCCAAUCUCCGUCGUACUAUUCUCGGGACGUCGUUGCAGAUGAUGCAGCAGUGGACCGGUGUCAACUUCAUCUUCUACUACUCGACGCCUUUCCUCCAGUCGACUGGCGCCAUUGACAACACCUUUUUGAUUUCCCUGAUCUUCACGCUGGUCAACGUGUGCUCCACCCCGAUCUCUUUCUACACGGUGGAAAAGUUUGGCCGUCGUCCUUUGCUCGUCUGGGGAGCCUUGGGUAUGCUUAUUUGCCAAUUCCUUGUCGCCAUCAUCGGUGUCACGGUCGGUUUCAACCACACCCAUACCAACGCCGACGGUGACAGCAUCGCCAACAACAUCUCGGCGGUCAAUGCACAGAUUGCCUUUAUUGCCAUCUUCAUCUUCUUCUUUGCCUCGACUUGGGGUCCUGGCGCCUGGAUUGUCAUCGGAGAGAUCUUCCCUCUUCCGAUCCGUUCCCGAGGUGUGGGUCUCUCGACCGCCUCUAACUGGCUCUGGAACACGAUCAUUGCUGUCAUUACACCCUACAUGGUCAACGAGGACAAAGGCAACCUGAAAUCCUCCGUCUUCUUCAUCUGGGGCGGCCUGUGCACGUGUGCAUUCGUCUACGCAUUCUUCCUCGUCCCCGAAACCAAGGGUCUGACCUUGGAACAAGUUGACAAGAUGAUGGAAGAGUCCACCCCGCGUACCUCGAGCAAGUGGAAGCCUACCAAGACUUUUGCCGAGCACAUGGGUAGUGAAGGCGGUAUCCUCAACAAGGAGAUUGUCGCAGAUGUCGAGAGGAAGGGCUCCGUCUUUUAG